AUGCUCUCCACUUCGAAACUGCAAUCUCCGCCCAAACCUGCAACCUUCGUCAAUCCAAUUUUCAAACAAGGACUCAUCGCUAAAAAACUUCCGUUUCGCCGCCGGUACUCUCUCCAUCAAGCUUCUCUGCGAUUCGCCAAGGUCUCGGACUCGAUCGCUCCUCCACUGCACUCGAAUCCGCAUGAAUCAUCAUCCCGUCUAACUUCUUCCGUGGGACAACCUUCUCUCCAAUGGACACUCACUCAAAAACACUUCGUCUUGCUAAACGUCGUCGCUUGCGUUACAGCUAUUUCAGCAUCAUGGCUAUUCUUAGCUGCGAUUCCUACUCUCCUGGCAUUCAAGAAAGCAGCAGAGUCCGUUGAGAAGCUUUUGGAUGUAACAAGAGAAGAGCUGCCAGAUACAAUGGCUGCUCUUCGCUUGUCUGGAAUGGAGAUUAGUGACUUAACUAUGGAGCUUAGUGAUUUAGGGCAAGGUAUCACUCAAGGUGUUAAAAGCUCAACACGUGCUAUCCGCGUGGCUGAAGAUAGACUAAGACGGUUUACAAACAUGAAUCCAGUAGCUUCAAUGCAGGAAGUGAAGUAUCAGACCAAGAGAAACGAAACAGAACCAGUGGUGGCUAAAACCGCGAGGAAUUUAAAGGAAGGGAUCGUUAAGGGACGUUCUUUAUGGCAAAUGUUAUUCACAGUUACUCGCUUCUACAAAACUGCGAGGAGUUAUUUUGCAAAGCGAGUUAAGCAGUAG